UGUGUAACAACCUGCUAGUACCAACCCAUAAGCCCAUGAGGCAUUGAAGGCAUAGGAGGCAUAAAAGGCGUAGGCAUGGAGGAAAUGCAUUGAGGCAACAAUAACAACCCUUUUGCUUCUUUGGGAACUUGUUUAAAGAAGCCACCCCAUCCCUCCUUUCACAAUUACAAACAAUGGCCUCCUCUAUCAUUUGGUUCUCUGUUUUCCCCUGCUCCUUUUUGUUUCAAUACUUGUUAUUCUUUUCGCCAAAUUUUAAGGGCGUUUUAGGCCAAUCGUCGCCGGUUUUCGCUUGCGAUGUCGCUAGCAACGCAACCCUAUCGAGCUUCGCCUUCUGCGAUACGUCCUUGGGGGUCGAUGCGAGAGUGGCGGACUUGGUGAAGCGGCUGACAUUGCCGGAGAAAAUCGGGUUUUUGGUGAACAGUGCAGGGAGUGUGAGCAGGCUUGGAAUUCCCAAAUACGAGUGGUGGUCAGAAGCAUUACACGGCGUCUCAUACGUCGGCCCCGGCACCAAGUUUUCGAGCCUCGUUCCCGGAGCUACCAGCUUUCCUCAGGUCAUCCUCACUGCCGCUUCUUUCAAUACUUCUCUCUUUGAAGCCAUUGGCAGGGUGGUUUCGACGGAGGCCAGAGCAAUGUACAAUGUGGGAUUGGCAGGACUGACAUUUUGGUCACCAAAUAUUAACAUAUUUCGAGACCCCAGAUGGGGAAGAGGCCAGGAGACUCCGGGUGAAGAUCCGUUGCUCUCGAGUAAAUACGGAUCCGGAUAUGUUCGAGGCCUUCAACAAACCGACGAUGGUGACAAGAAUAAGCUUAAGGUUGCUGCAUGCUGCAAACAUUAUACAGCCUACGAUGUAGACAAUUGGAAAGGGGUUGACAGAUACCAUUUUAAUGCAGUGGUAACGAAACAAGAUCUGGACGACACAUUUCAACCGCCAUUCAAAAGUUGUGUUAUCGAUGGCAAUGUUGCAAGUGUCAUGUGUUCUUACAACCAGGUUAACGGGAUACCAACCUGUGCAGACCCCGACCUUCUUGCUGGAGUUAUCCGAGGCGAAUGGAAACUAAAUGGAUACAUUGUUACGGAUUGUGAUUCAAUAGAUGUGUACUACAAGCAGCAACACUACACCAAAACACCAGAGGAAGCUGCAGCUAAGGCUAUAUUGGCAGGGUUGGAUCUCAACUGCGGAUCUUUCCUCGGACAAUACACGCCAGGUGCAGUCCAAGCAGGACUUGUGACGGAGGCCGACAUUGACAGGGCCAUCUCCAACAAUUUUGCUACUUUGAUGCGUCUAGGCUUCUUUGAUGGUGAUCCCAGCGACAAACCCUAUGGAAAGCUUGGUCCAAAAGAUGUGUGUACCUCAGAGAACCAGGAGCUAGCCCGUGAAACCGCCAGGCAAGGGAUAGUACUGCUAAAAAACAGUCCGGGAUCACUGCCUCUGUCUCCCACGGCCAUCAAAUCCUUGGCGGUCAUUGGUCCCAAUGCCAAUGUCCAAAAGACAAUGAUCGGAAACUACGAAGGUACGCCGUGCAAGUAUACAACUAUUCUGCAAGGCCUAAGUGCCUCAGUUGCAACGAGUUAUGUUGCCGGCUGCGCCAAUGUGGCUUGUGGUACUGCACAGGUAGAUGAUGCUACCAAGAUAGCAGCCUCAGCAGAUGCAACUAUACUUGUCGUGGGUGCAGAUCAAUCGAUUGAGAGAGAAAGUCUUGACAGGAUUGACCUGCUUCUUCCGGGACAGCAAACACUCCUCGUAACAGAAGUUGCAAAGGCAGCAAAAGGCCCAGUAAUCCUUGUCAUAAUGUCUGGAGGAGGGUUCGACAUUACAUUUGCCAAAAACGAUACUAAAAUUACAAGCAUACUUUGGGUUGGUUACCCCGGCGAGGCUGGUGGAGCUGCGGUAGCUGAUGUAGUUUUUGGUCAAUAUAAUCCAAGCGGGAGACUACCUAUGACAUGGUAUCCACAAUCUUAUGUAGACAAGGUUCCAAUGACAAACAUGAACAUGAGACCGGAUCCUUCGAACGGUUACCCUGGCCGGACUUACAGAUUUUUCACUGGUGAAACCGUUUACUCCUUUGGAGAUGGACUAGGCUACUCCACCUUCAAUCACAAACUAGUUCGAGCGCCUAAGCUGGUAUCGAUUCCCUUAGAAGAGGGUCAUGUAUGUCACUCAUCAAGCUGCAAGUCACUUGACGUUGUGGAAGAAAGAUGCGAAAACCUAGCUUUUGAUAUACAUUUGGGGGUGAAGAACAUGGGAAGUAUGAGUGGAAGUCAUACGGUGAUGCUGUUUUCGAGUCCUCCGGCAGUGCACAAGUCGCCGCAGAAGCACUUGCUGGGUUUUGAGAAGGUGUUCGUGAGUGCUCAGAGAGUAGCAUUGGUUAAGUUCAACGUGGAUGUUUGCAAGCACCUGAGCGUGGUCGAUGAGCUUGGAAACAGAAAGGUAGCUUUGGGAGAGCAUGUGCUUCAUGUGGGAAGCUUGAAACACUCUUUCAGCGUUAGGAUUUGAUACAAGUUUUCAACUCCUCUCUGCUGCUGUAAUUCUUUUCAGUGUCUUCUCAAUCAUUUUCCGUGAGGAGAGAUAGAGAUAGCGGAAUGGAAAAUUUUGAGCAAUGAAUAAGUUGGGAGAGUUGUCAAAACUCUCUCAAAUCUUGUUCAAAAUCAAAGAAUUACUAAUUUGAAAAAUGAAAUCAAGUAUUGGGUUUGUCUUUAAUU